AUGGAUUCACCCAACUCCAGCAACUCUACCCUCACUCCGGUGGGUAAGCGAGUUACGGCCAUGCAGUGUCCAGACCUGUCGAUUUCAGACUCGCCCAAGAGCUUCUCUUUCUCAAAGUCUCCUGGUGCUGUGAAGCUGGAAACUAAGAUGAGGGAUAAGAUCUCGUCACUGCAAGCUGAAAUUGACCGUCUGUCUGAGAAAGUUCGCUCAGAAGAAUUAGAGAAGCACAACGCUCUUCUAGAGAUCAGGAAGUUGAAGGCUAUGCUGCACAAGAGCGAUGAAGUGGAUGAGAAACAAAUUAGAAUCGGCAUCCUUGAAGCUGAAAGAACAAAUCUCCUGCAUGAGAUGCAGAGUCUGCGUCGUUCACUGGCCAGCGCAGACCCGCAAGUGCAGGAGCUACAGGACCAGAUCAACGAACUUCGUGACAUGCUCAGGGACAGAGACGCGCAGCUGUCAUGCCACAAGCAGCGACUGGAUUCCUUCCGGAAGCAUAAUCUCAGUGGAGCACCGAAUGAUUCGGACAAGUUAAAGGCGGCGUUGGAGGACAACAGGCUCUUGAAUGAGGAGCUCGACAGAAACGUGACUGAGCUUGGAAAGUUGGAGCACAGGCUAGCGCGAGGAGAAUUCAAUCCCAUGAAAUCCAAGGUUGUCCGACCGGGAGCUCACGUGCCAUGCCCCUCCUGUGCGGGCCUUCGGUCAAAGUUGAGCCAGGCUGAGAAGGCUCGUCAGGAAGCAGAGGAACUUUUUGCUAAGGCCAGUAAGGGCGGAGGGGAUGAUGAGGACAGCGAUGGUGAGAAAUCGGAUGGGUAUGGAUCGCUGGAAGCCGGUCUUAAGAUAGCAGAACUGAACAAGAUGAUUGCGGAGAAAGACAAGUACAUCCAGAGGCUCAGCGAGCAAGCGAAAGCUCAGAUCCAAGAGUACAAGGAGGUUGCCAAGGCCCUGUUCGGGUUUUCUCUGUCAAAGCACAAGAGCUCGAGCGGAAAGAAUACUCUUGGACAGUACCAGGUAAAGAGCCUGUUCGCGUACUCCAGUGAGGAUGUGCUGCUCAUUCAAGCACAAGAAGGAGGCAAACAGGUAGUUGUGCUUCAGAUCUGA